UAUAAAGCACGCUACAUACAAUUUACAGAACUAUUUUUUUGUUGGGUCAACGGUGACGUCGGGGUUACCUUAGGCCACUACCAUAUGAAAAUGUCCCUGUCGGCUACCGUAGCUCAGUGACAACACGGCAAAGUACUUUGAGCGAAAUCCGCCAGCGGCUAAGCUGCUAGCUUUUGCUGAGAAGUAGCUAGCGCUCCAGUUUGUAGUGGAUGCGGACAGUCAGGCUGUGAUAAAGACAGUUGAUUGGAGUCCGUUCGUCUGUCCGGGACUUGAAACUUGUUGAGGAAUAUGAGGCUGAAGGAGAUCCAGAGGACUGCCCACCAAGCGUGGAGUCCAGCCGAACACCAUCCCAUCCACCUGGCCUUAGGAACAUCAGCACAGCAGCUCGAUGCCUCUUUCAACACCACAGCUGCCCUGGAGAUAUUUGAGGUGGAUUUCUCAGAUCCAUCUCUGGACAUGCAGCUCAAAGGGUCAUUACCCACCUCCAACAGGUUGCACAGUAUCGUAUGGGUGAAUUUUGGAAUGGGAGCAGACGGUACUGGAGGGAGACUGGUCGGUGGCAGUGAAAAUGGCACAUUAACUGUAUACAACCCAGAGGUCAUAAUGAGCGGCGGUGCAGAGGCAGUAGUGGGGCAGUCUGACAAACACACAGGACCCAUCCGAGCACUCGAUUUCAACCCUUUUCAGAGUAAUCUCCUCGCUUCAGGAGCAAAUGAUUCAGAGAUAUAUAUCUGGGAUCUGAACAACUUCAACAGUCCAAUGACACCAGGAGCAAAGACGCAGCCUGCUGAAGACAUCAGUGUUGUGUCCUGGAACAGGCAGGUUCAGCACAUCCUGGCCUCUGCCAACCCCAGUGGGAAAGCAGUCGUGUGGGAUCUGAGGAAGAACGAGCCCAUCAUCAAGAUCAGUGACCACAGCAACAGGAUGCACUGUUCAGGAAUGCUCUGGCACCCUGAUGUGGCCACUCAGUUGGUUUUGGCCUCUGAAGAUGACCGAAUGCCAGUCAUCCAGAUGUGGGACCUCCGUUUUGCCACUUCACCCCUUAAAGUCUUUGAGAACCACACAAGGGGGAUUCUGUCCAUAUCCUGGAGCCAGGCGGACUCUGAGCUCCUACUGAGUAGUGCUAAAGACAACAGGAUCCUCUGCUGGAAUCCAAACACCGGAGAGGUCAUCUAUGAGCUUCCAACAACAAACCAGUGGUGUUUUGAUGUCCAGUGGUGCCCCAGGAAUCCAGCCCUCCUUUCAGCCGCCUCCUUCGACGGCAGAAUCACUGUCUACUCUGUCAUGGGAGGAAGCUUGAAGACUCAGCAGCAAAGCACAGCUGAUAAGAUAUCCUCUUCAUUUGAUUCAAUGGACCCCUUUGGUACGGGACAGGAGCUCCCCCCCCUGCAAGUUCCUCAGCCUGCAGUGCAGGAAACCAUAGUUUCCCCUCUGAAGAAGCCACCUAAGUGGGUGCGCAGGCCUGUGGGCGCUUCCUUUGCUUUCGGUGGAAAGCUGAUAACCUUUGAGAAUCCCAAGCUGCCUCCGGUGCAGAGCCCCCAGCCCGUCUCUAGACAAGUGUUUAUGAGCCAGGUUACCACAGAGACGGAGUUCCUCCAGCGCUCCAGGGAGCUGCAGGCAGCGCUGCAGUCGGGCUCCUUCAACAACUACUGCCAGGCCAAGAUCCAGAGCGCCAAGUCUGACGCUGAGCAGGACAUAUGGAAGUUCCUUCUGGUGAACUUUGAGGAUGAAGCCCGCGUGAAAUUCCUCCGACUUUUGGGUUUUAGCAAAGAUGACCUGGAGAAGAAGAUUUCGAAAUGCCUGGGGAAGAGUUUUCAGCACAAUGGACACGGAGUGGAUGCCAAAGAUCUGGCAGAAAAGAUGCAGCGGCUCUCCACCGAGAGGUCUGAUGUGGCUACUGCUGGAGGUGACGCCAGAACUUCUGGUUCCGUUUCACCGGCAGACUUCUUUAGUCAGACUCCAAAGGAAAACUCCAAUUUCCAGAUCCCUGUAUCAUGUGACACCGAUGGUUUGAUAAGCCAGGCGCUGCUGGUCGGUAACUUUGAGGGCGCGGUGGACUUGUGUCUCAACGACGGCCGUUACGCUGAAGGCAUCCUCUUGUCCAUCAGCGGAGGAGAGGAGCUGCUCAAGAAAACUCAGCAAAAAUACCUAAGCAAGCAAAAGAACAGCAUUUCAAUGCUCAUAUCGUCAGUGGUGACCCAGAACUGGAGAGACAUAGUGCAAAGCUGUGAGUUAGAUAAUUGGAAGGAGGCUCUCGCUGCUCUGCUGACUUAUGCUCACCCUGAAGAUUUUGCCCGUCUGUGCGAUACCCUGGGAGGUAGGUUGGAGCAAGAUAGGACGGAGAAGCGCUGCCUGCAGGCCUGUCUGUGCUACAUCUGCUCUGGGAACAUUGAGAAGCUAGUGGAGUGCUGGGCCUUGCAUAGAGACUGCUCCUCCCCUCUUGGUCUAGAGGACCUGGUUGAAAAAGUAAUGAUGCUGCGUAAGUCAAUCGAACGCCUCCGCAACAGCGAGGUUGACAUCCAGAGCCCCAUCCUGGCCGAGAAGCUAACCUGCUACGCUGGCAUACUGGCUGCCGAGGGCAGUCUGGCCAUUGCCAUGACCUACCUGCCUGAGAACUCAGGCCAAGCUGGGAUCACAAUGCUGAAAGACAGGCUGUUCCACGCUCAGGAAGAGGCUGCCGUCGGACAGCACAGGCCAAACUCCCUCAACAGAGUCGAUGUGUCCACAGCCAAGCCCACUCCUGCUGCUCACACUCCUACACCAAAAGCACAAAAUCUGAGUCAUUACCAGCCCUCUGCUCCUUCCCAGGCUGCCCAACAGCAGCCUCCUAUGCCGUCGUUUUUCACACCACAAGCUCCAACCAACACCGGGCCUGGUCUGCCGCCUUUUUCUCAUGUACUGCCGCCCAGUGCAACCCGCCCAGCCCUGAGGCCUCCCUACCCUCAACAUCCUGCUUCGGCUCCAGGUUUCCUUCCUCGUCAGCCAUUCCAGCCUCAGCCUAUGGCCGUCGGGGGACCCUCAGGCUUCCCUCCUACAGGUCCUUCCAUGCCAGCUCCUAACUUAUCAGGACCUCGGCUCCCACCUCCGUCAUCGACCCCUGGAGGCCUGUUCACCAUGCCCAGCCCCGGGGUGCCACCGACAAGCUUCAUGCCGUCUACCUCUUCACCCACGGGCCCCAUGCCACCCGGCUCCCAGCCCGGAGCCCCAGUUCCCAUGUACCCAGGGACCCUCCACAACCAGGGGCCUGCGCCCCUCAUGGCGUCCGGUCCCUAUGCCCCUCUCGGAUCGGGGUACCCACAGGGAGGCCCCGGAGCUCCUGCUGUGAAGCCCUUCUCGGCCCCAGCUGUUGCUCCUCCUCCUACAGGACCCCAAGAAGGCUGGAACGACCCACCAGCAGUACGAGGUGGACCCAGAAAGAAGAAGCUCCCUGAUAACUACACCCCACCAGCCCCCAUCACUGCCCCUGUGAUGGGAUUCCCCGUGGAGGCUCCUCAGCCCCGUGCCCAAGUGCCCCCCGGAGCCCCCCAGGAGCCCAGCGUGCAGCUUCUCCAGCAGCUGCCAGCAGAGAGGGUGGAGCAGAAAGAAAUCCCCGCUGAACACGUGGUCCUCAAAUCCACCUUUGACAGCCUGGUGCAGCGCUGCCAGCUCGCAGCGGGAGACCCACAAACAAAAAGGAAACUUGAUGAUGCCGCCAAACGUUUGGGAUACCUGUACGACAAGCUGAGAGAGCAGUCGCUCUCUCACAACAUUCUGAACGGGCUCCACGAGAUCAGCCGCUGUGUGGCGAGCCAGAACUACCAGCGGGGUCUGGAGGUCCACACCCAGGUGGUCAGCAGCAGCAACUUCAGCGAGAUCUCCGCCUUCAUGCCCAUCCUCAAAGUGGUCAUGACCAUCGCCAACAAGCUGGGCGUCUAACCCCUGGAAGGGGGGGAGGGGAGCACCACCAACUAGACUUCAGUGUUAUCAUAUUGUUAUAUAUGUAUUUAUUUCUUUUUGACCUGAUGAUGAUGAUGAGAAUAACUACUGAUGAUAUUGCAGAUUGUGGUCUUCAUGACUCCAUAUUCCUUCCUGGUGGCUGAUUUGGGCAGUGAGGUGGAUUUUUGUAGAGAGUUGUCCAUGUUGCUGUGGUGAUUUUACCAUAAAAUGAAUGUAUUCUGAAAGUUGUGAUUCUGUAAAUUCAACGGUUUGGUGUAAUAUACAAAGUUUGAAUCAAG